CUAUUACUAUCGCACAUCACUAAGGUAUUUCAUUUGUGCGUGGCCAUCACUUUAAUGUCAAAAGAAAAUUAUUAAAAACAUUUUAUCUAAUAUAAUAGUUUAAGUGUAUUGGCUCUAAAUAAUUACGUAUAACAAUGCCGGUUGCCGAUGAAAUUCAGUCUUCGUGGGCUGAUGAAGUGGAGAUAGAUCAGGGUGCACUACCACCCCCAUCAGAGGUUGUAGAGAAUGGAUUGAAAAUUGUUACUGAAUACAAGUAUGACAAUGACAAUAAGAAAGUUAAAAUUGUCAGAACCUAUAAAAUAGAAAAGCGUGUUGUGUCAAAGAGUAUAGCUAAACGUAAGACAUGGAGUAAAUUUGGAGAUUCGGCCAAUGACAAGCCUGGACCUAACCCAGCCACUACCAAUGUGUCUGAAGAUGUUUACAUGCAGUUCAUCACCAGCAAGGAAGAGAGCCAGCGCCCUGACGAUGGUGAAUUGGAUGGUCUCAAGCCACAAACAAGUAGUGUUAUCUUCAAGUGCAGAACUUGUCAAGGUGACCACUGGACCCUCAGCUGUCCCUUCAUGCAUUCCCAGCUGGCACAGGCCAAAGCCAGUGAGGCAGCUAAAGCUGCUGAUCCGAAAGCGCCGCCAAGCAACAAGUACGUGGCGCCGUUCAUGCGCGAGGGCGGCGCGGGGCGCGGCACGGGCCGGGAGCCGCCGGGCGCGCGCCGCGACGACGUGGCCGCCAUCCGCAUCUCCAACCUCAGCAACUUCGCCGUCGAGGCCGAUCUCGACGACCUCGUUAAGAGUUUCGGACCUGUCCAGAAGCUCUACCUCGCCAAGGAAAAGAGCACUGGACACUGCAAAGGAUUUGCGUAUGUGCACUUCAAAUUCAGAGCUGAUGCUGCAAAAGCUAUUCAAACUUUGAAUGGCCACGGAUAUGAUCACCUGAUCCUGAAUGUAGAGUGGUCCAAGCCUCCACAAAAUAACUAAAUUAUAUUUCCAAGAAUUUCAUUGUAUUUACGCAGUUUAUAAAUAAAGCUUAAUUCUUGUAAAA